AUGGUAGAACUCAGGAAGCGCAAAGCACCCUCACAGAACCCUGCCACCAAAAAUAAGAGCAAAAGGUUGAAAGAGACGGCGAGUGAGGAGACCAGUCCAACCUUGGUACAAUCAAGCAAGGAAGAUGAGCGCUCUACGCACGUCUCACACAAGAAACCUCCAACUGUGGGUGACACUAUCGACUUGGACAACUUUGGUGGCGAGGUAGAACUCAAUGAUGGGACGAAAACUACCCUCAAACAUCUCGUCGACACAAGCAAAUCAGGAAUUGUUUUGUUCACGUACCCAAGAGCGUCCACACCUGGCUGCACAAAGCAAGCUUGCUUGUUUCGCGAUAAAUAUGAUUAUAUAACAUCGACUGGUUUAUCGAUAUAUGGGCUUUCGGCGGACUCCAUCAAAGCAAACAGCUCGUUCAAAGCCAAGCAGAGCCUCCCCUAUCCUCUACUAUGCGAUACGGCGUCUACUCUCAUUUCGAGUCUUGGCUUUAAGAAGACUCCUAGAGGUACGACAAGGGGGGUUUUCGCUGUUGAUAAACAAGGGAAGGUCCUACUUUUGCAACCUGGAGGGCCAGAUGCAACAGUGGAUGCUGUACAGCAAUUAAUCUCAGCGUGUAACAUAGAGACGCACGGACAGAUCAAAGAGUGA